GCGGCGGGGCUGCCUCGACCAGUCAUCAUCAGUCACCACACCUGCAGCAACUGCUUUACUCCCUACACAACUUGCUCCACACCUGCUCCACACUUGGUUCUCCAUCACCAGCAUCACCAUGCCUGAUCACCUGGGGUCAGAUAUGCGCAAAACGAACGAUGAAAAGGGCGAUGACGAGCCUAUUAAAGUUCUUGAUGAAGCAGAUAUUACCUUGCUGAAGUCGUAUGGUCAAGGACCGUACACUAAAGUGAUCAAGAAUGUUGAAGAUGAUAUCCAGAAAACUGUUAAAAAGGUGAAUGAUUUAACAGGCAUUAAGGAAUCCGACACUGGCUUAGCAGUGCCAGCUCUGUGGGACUUAGCAGCUGAUAAGCAAACUCUGCAAAAUGAACAGCCACUUCAGGUGGCAAGAUGCACUAAAAUCAUUAAUGCUGAUUCUGAUGAUCCAAAGUAUAUCAUAAAUGUCAAACAGUUUGCAAAAUUUGUUGUGGAUUUGGCCGAUUCUGUUGCACCAACUGAUAUUGAAGAAGGCAUGCGAGUUGGUGUGGAUCGCAAUAAGUACCAAAUACAUAUCCCUCUUCCACCCAAAAUUGAUCCAUCAGUCACGAUGAUGCAAGUAGAAGAAAAACCAGAUGUUACAUACUCUGAUGUUGGAGGCUGUAAAGAGCAGAUUGAAAAGCUUCGCGAAGUUGUUGAGACUCCUCUUUUGCACCCUGAAAGAUUUGUUAACCUUGGGAUUGAACCACCCAAAGGUGUUCUCCUAUUUGGGCCUCCUGGAACAGGGAAGACACUAUGUGCCCGUGCAGUUGCCAACCGUACAGAUGCCUGCUUCAUUCGUGUUAUUGGAUCAGAGUUGGUUCAGAAGUAUGUGGGAGAGGGAGCACGCAUGGUGCGUGAACUCUUUGAGAUGGCUCGCACCAAGAAAGCUUGUCUAAUAUUCUUUGAUGAAAUUGAUGCCAUUGGAGGUGCUCGAUUUGACGAUGGUGCUGGAGGUGAUAAUGAAGUACAGAGAACAAUGUUGGAGCUUAUUAACCAGCUUGAUGGUUUUGAUGCCCGUGGUAAUAUCAAGGUUCUGAUGGCAACUAAUCGACCAGACACCCUUGACCCUGCACUCAUGAGACCAGGACGUUUGGAUCGUAAGGUAGAAUUUGGCCUACCCGAUCUUGAAGGAAGAGCCCACAUAUUCAAAAUCCACGCUAAAUCCAUGUCUGUUGAAAGAGACAUUAGAUUUGAUCUACUGGCUCGUUUGUGUCCCAAUAGUACAGGAGCAGAAAUUAGAUCGGUAUGUACCGAGGCGGGCAUGUAUGCUAUUCGUGCCCGCAGGAAGGUAGCCACCGAAAAGGACUUCUUAGAUGCUGUCAACAAAGUCAUUAAGGCUUAUGCUAAAUUCUCAGCCACACCAAGAUAUAUGACAUACAACUAAGACUUCUGAAAAGUUCGUCAGUGUUUUAAUAGGCCGAGUCUUCUUGCGGGAGUCUCGAGUAUGUCCUGAGUGUAAUAUGACCAUCAUGGAAAUUAUAGGUUUCUUAUUAUAGUAACUAAAUGGUAAAACCAAAAUUACGUUCAUUUUACAAUGAUUGCAUGUAAAGAAAAUAUUUUGUUUAUUUUGCUUUUUGAAUCUGAGCGACAUUAUAACAUUUUCUUUACAAUGAUUAAACAUAACAAAAA